CUCAACCAUCAGAGAGGAACAUUAUCAUAAUGGGUCCGCCGGGAGCAGGGAAGACCUCUGUCGGCCGGAUGCUUUCCAAAAGACUAGGUAUGCCUGCUAUCGACAUUGACGAUGACGUCCUAGAGAAAGCAUGGCUCAUGCCUGUGGCAAAGAAACUUUAUCAGGUGGGUGGGGAGCGGUUCCUGGAGGAAGAGGGUCAGACCGUGUCAGACUUCUCUGCCUCCAGGAGUGUGAUCUCACUGACUGGCUCCAACCCACUCCACUCAGCUGCAAUGCAGCAUCUCAAGAAGAACGGGCUAGUGGUCUACCUGGAUGUAGACACAGACGACAUCAUUCAGAGGCUCACCAGAAUGAAAGUGAACAGAAUUGUGGGCCAGGAAGCCGGUACACCCAUGACUGACAUACUAAUGUACAGGAAACCUUUUUAUGAGAGAUGGUUGGACAUUAGGGUGUUCUGUGGGAAAGGGGAUACCAUAGAGGAGGUGACUGAGAAAGUGCUCAGAGCUCUGAACAGGUACGACGACUCUGAUUCAGAGACGUUUAUCUCAACCCGGAGCAGUGUGACAGGUGUGGGUGGAUCAGAGGUUGAGCCCAAGUUCUUUAGUGAUGUUGUUGUGGAGGGACUCGCUCCCAAUGGGGGGCUUUAUGUGCCCAAGGGGGGCUUCCCCAAGUUGGAACCCCAGGAAUGGAAGCGCCUGGCUAAGAUGUCUUACCCCCAGAGAGCCUGUGCCAUCUUAGAGCAGUGCAUUCAUCCGACAGACGUGUCCCCCCUGGAACUCGGACAAAUGGUUCGGCGUGCUUACGGCACCAACUUCUCCAGCGAGGCCAUCGCUCCGGUCAGGCACCUGGUGCGCAACCAGUACGUGCUGGAGCUGUUUCACGGCCCCACAGCCUCAUUCAAGGACCUAGCCCUGCAGCUCAUGCCCCAACUUUUUGCCCACUGCCUGCCCCAGAUGUGCAACUACCUCAUCCUGGUGGCCACGUCCGGCGACACCGGCAGUGCUGUGCUCAGUGGCUUCGGCGGCCUGGAUGCCAACGCCCGCCACAGGGUUGGUGUGCUGGUCUUCUUCCCCGAGCAUGGUGUGAGCGAGAUCCAGAAGCUGCAGAUGACCGGCAUCAGGGAGGGCAAUGCCAGGGCGGUCAGCGUUGUGUCGGACUUCGACUUCUGCCAGAGGGCCAUAAAGAGGAUGUUUGGGGAUGCUGGUGUGGCGGGGCACCUGGCGGUAGAGUACGCCACGGUCCUGAGCACAGCGAACUCUAUCAACUGGGCCCGGCUGCUACCGCAGGUGGUGUACCACGCCUCCGCCUACCUAGACCUGCUCCGGGACGGCGUGGUGGCGUUUGGGGACCCCGUCGACGUGUGCAUUCCCACAGGGAACUUUGGCAAUGCCAUGUCAGCCCUGUACGCCAAGCAAAUGGGUGUCCCCAUCAGGAAGGUCAUCUGUGCCUCCAAUCUCAACUCUGUUGUGGCAGACUUCAUCAACACGGGGCGGUACGACCUCAGAGGCCGAAAACUGAUGCUCUCCCACUCGCCGGCCAUCGACAUUCUGAAGUCCUCCAACCUGGAGAGGUUCGUCCAUCACAUCUCAGAUGGGGACAGUGGCCUGGUGAGAGAUCUAUACACCUGCCUGGAGAAGCGGCAGUACUUUGAGCUGUCUGCGGAGCUACUGCACAAGAUAAAUCAAGAUGUCUGGGCUGGCUGGUGCUCUGAGGAGGAGUGCCUAGCCACCAUCCGGCAUGUGUAUUCCCAGACGGGCUAUGUCAUGGACACGCACACUGCUGUGGCUAAGACAGUAGCUGACCGGCUUCAGGAUCAGUCCACCCCCGUGGUCAUUUGCUCCACUGCUCAUUACGGCAAAUUUGCUCCGGCAGUGCUGAGGGCUCUUCAGCGGGAGAGCAUCCCCACAGAGCCCCUGGACCAGCUGCAGGGGUUCAGCUCACCUGGGACCGUGCCCCAGAUGCACAGUGCCCUGCUCCAGUGCCUGAGAGAAAAUAGGAGCCAGCCUCACAGAGUGUGCCAGGCUGACUUCCAUGCGCUGACAGAGGAGGUGGAGGCCAUGAUACGAGAUUCAUUUCUGAAUGUUCAAUAAGCAUUUGGUAGAGGGCAAUUCCAUGGAAAAUGGACUUUUUGUCACAUCCAUAACGGCAGUGAAAUGCCUUGACAUUUAUAUGAUGUGAAUGAUAACAUUCAUUGUUUGUGCAACUAUUCUCAUUUACAUUCUUCAGCCAAAAAUAGCAAAUGCUCAGAUUUCAUGUAAUCACUCACAUCAUAUCAUACCAUCACAUUUUAUUGGCGUUAUGGAUGUUACAAAAAAUGUAAUUUUCCAUGGAAUUGCCCUAGAACUUAUAUACUAAUAGUGUCCAUAAUCAAAUCUGCACACCAGAUGGCAGUAUGCCCAUACUUUUGAAAUAUAACUGGGAAUGUGGGUUAUAAAAUGACACUGAAUGCUAUGAUAAUGAAGGUUGUAAUGUGAAGUGAAUCCGAAUCACUCAGAAUUACUGUUUGUUUGUGAAUCAGAAUCACAGAGUGCCUCAGAAUUACUGUUUAUUUGUGAAUCAGAAUCACUAUUCCCACAUGGUAGCUAAAAAUAGAACCCCUUACUUUCUUGCCAUGCAACUGGUGCACUGAGGUCAUCCUCUGUGGGGAAGAAGGUGUGCUAAAAGCAGGAAAGAACUAAACAUGUGAAAUGGAGGAAUCCAUCUUCAUAAAAUGAAAGGACACUAACCGAAAUAAAAGUGCAUGGAAGCUGGAUAGGAUUUUUUGUAGAGCUCUUACAGUCACUAGGAAAGUUUUUUUGUUCAGAAUUUCCCCAGAACUACCCCAGAUGACAGUCCUACUAAGUUAACUAUGGAAGUCAACCUUUGUCCCCGUGCAAGUUUGUUUUUAAAUGAACCAGUAGAUGGCAGUAGUGUACCAUCAAAAGAUGCUGCAGAGCAUGGUUUGAUGGCAUAAGCGGGGCAGAUGGAAGUGGAAGUGUAUCUUAGUUUAUCACUGUUAAUAGCAUCCUUCACAAACGAUUCAUUGAAUUGUGAAUCAUAUUAUUGACUGAAAUUUGAUAAAUAAUGUUUAAUGUGGUCUUUUUGUGGAUGUCAGUAUAAAAUUUAAAUUUUUGUAUGAUUUAAUUGUAUAUAAUACAUUGGUUAUUCAUCAACAACAAAUCUCCAAAGAUUGUGAAUAUGAUGCCUAACCAUUGUUGUUGGAAACAAAAUAUUUUUAAAGCUGAUGAAGUGAACAAACCACCCAUGCUUUACAUUUAGUUGCAGUACCAAAAUGUUUGCGAUUAAUAAUCCAGACAAUAAAGACUAAUUACUAAGUAUAACCAAACAAGAUAUAAAGCAGUUGAUGAGUGACACCAGCAAAUAAAAAAACACAAGUUUAGGAU